AUGCUCUCAUUCAGAACAAGAGGCUACAACGGCUAUGGCGUCAAAUACUCGCCCUUUUUCGACAACAAAUUGGCAGUCGCUACAGCUGCAAACUACGGAUUGGUCGGAAACGGCAAAUUAUUUAUAUUGGGCAUUGACAAUGCUGGAAAUAUCCACCAAGAAAACUCUUGGGAGACGCAGGACGGGCUUUUCGACGUUGCGUGGAGUGAACUUAACGAAAACCAAGUAGUGGUGGCCUCUGGAGAUGGUCUGGUUAAAAUGUUUGAUCUCAAGGUGGGUCAAUUUCCUGUAAUGAACUUCAAAGAGCAUCAGAGAGAGGUUUUUUCUGUGAGCUGGAAUCUUGUAGAUAAAGUUAAUUUCGUCACACUGUCGUGGGAUGGCACCAUAAAGGUAUGGAGUCCCAAUCGUCAAGAUUCAUUGGUGACUUUGAGCCCAGAUCAUGCUGCACAGUCAAGUUCGAGUGUUGAUGCUGUAGCUGCGGCUGGAGGUCGAAACCUGGCACCUCCAAUGUCCCACAAGAACCAACAGCCAGGAGUCAGCACCGCCCAUUGCAUAUACAAUGCUUCGUUUUCGCCGCACUCUCCUCUGACCAUCAUUAGUUGUUCGGGUGCUUCGCAUGUGAAUGUCUGGGAUAUUCGUGCUCCCAAGCCGCUUCAGCUCGAUUUUGUUGCCCACGGCGGUCUAGAGUGCUUGUCGUGCGACUGGAACAAAUACAAACCUACAAUUAUUGCUACAGGUGGCACAGAUAAGUCUGUACGUGUUUGGGACUUGCGAAUGAUUGCUCUGAUUGAUCUGCCUACGCCGAAUUCACUUCUGCCAGCCUAUCAUACUAGAGGACCGACUCCGUUAAAUGAAUUUUUGGGCCAUGACUUUGCUGUGCGGAAGGUCACAUGGUCGCCACACAGCGGCAAGGAACUCAUGAGCGUUUCUUACGAUAUGACUGCAAGGGUAUGGAUCGACCAGUCUGAUGAGAGAGCUAGAUUUCUCAACAAUGCUACCAGUGGCUGCCGGGGUGUCAUGAGAAACCACAGAGAGUUUGUGAUUGGUUGUGAUUAUAGUCUUUGGGGAGAUCCCGGCUGGGCUGCAACUACAGGUUGGGAUGAGAUGGUCUAUGUGUGGGAUAGCAAGAGAUUGCAGCGCUAA